AUGACUGCUGUGGCAUCUCCACCUAGUGUCGAAUCGGGGUCUCGCUUGGGAUGGUACAGCUCUAGCAACGGAGGAGAAGGAGCUCUGUCUUCAGUGAAUGCGGACGACGUGUCACGGAUGUUCAUGCCACGGAAACACGUUCAACGCUCAAACUCCUCUUCCUCUCUGGGGUCGAACUCUUCGACCUCCUCCGCAUCUACUGUGAAUAUCCCUUCCCAAGAUACCGAUGCCGCGCAGAGUUCCGCCAAUGAAUCAGAGACUUGGUCGUCAUCAAAAAAGAAGUAUUCGAAGAAUAUCUGGCCCAACUCGAAAUCCGAGCCAGUAUCAGGGGUAACGAACACGCGAUCCCAGGCAGUGCCUGCUUUCUCGUCGGGCCCCAGUGCAUCGUCGACAAUGUCCGCAAUGCAUCAGCCUUCGAACAUUGUUCCAUCGCAACAGAUGCCUCAGUCAUCACAGCAGAAUGGUGUCCGUGCGCCAAUUGGCCCGCCCUCGGACAACCCAGCAAUUUUGAUUCUAUUGCCAUUGAACGGCACCUUUGACAGGAAACAGAUCAAUGUACCAUACUACCCCGAGGUCCUCCGAAUCGGGCGACAAACAAACGCCAAAACAGUCCCCACGCCUCUCAACGGAUUCUUUGACUCUAAAGUCCUCUCUCGACAGCAUGCGGAGGUAUGGGCCGACAAGUCUGGCAAAGUGUGGAUCCGAGAUGUCAAAUCCUCAAACGGCACAUUUGUGAACGGCCACCGACUGUCUCCUGAAAACCGGGAGUCAGAGCCACACGAACUGCGAGAAGGCGAUACCCUAGAGUUAGGUAUCGAUAUUGUCAGUGAGGAUCAAUCCACCAUCGUCCAUCACAAAGUUUCAUCCAAGGUUGAGCAUGCCGGAACAUAUGGAACUACCCCCAGUAUCCUUGAUCUGAAUUUCGGGGACUUGGAUCCUGCCUCUGGGGGCGGUCUUCUCCCUUCCCCCUUGAGCCAGCCAAUUUCUCAUAUGCGCGGUCGAGCUGGGAGCAAUGCGAGCAACAGAAGUGCUCAGAGUGUUACUAGUAAUCAGCUCAAUGCUUUGCAUCAACAACGGCAAAUGAACUACUGGAACUCGCCAAUCUCCAUCGAACAGGUCGUCAAGCGGCUUACGGGCGAACUGAAAUCCGCAAAGCAACAAACAACAGAUCUUUCUCAAGCAAAGGAAUUUUUGACGACAAUCAUGAAACCUGGUUAUGCAGAGAAAGAAAAGCUCUCUAAGCCGUCUCCUUUGGAGAACAGUGCUCAUCGCCAGAUCAACGGCCGGCCUAAAAUGCCUCGAGUCGACUCCUUUUCCAGAUUCUCGGAUCCUCCCGCUCCUCCCCCUCAACAGCCUCUGCCAGAGAAACCUGAUGCGUUGUCACGAAGCGCCUCGGAAUCGUUCUCGCCGCUGAAGCGCAGCGAUACGGAAAAGCCAAAGAGCGGUACCGGUUCCCCUGUCUCCCGUGAUUCCAGUCAGAUCCUGAAUCUCAUCGAGGCGCUAUCGUCUGCCAAGCGAGAGAUUGAAACCCACGGCACACGUGUCAAAGAACUAGAAAAUAUGCUGUCCCAGGAGCAGGCUGCUCGCAAAUUGGCAGAAGACAAGGUCAAUGAAUUGGAGAUGCGCUCCGCAUUGGAUGCUAGAGCAGUGGAAGUCGAGAACGGCAUUGUUCCAUCAUCAGAGAAUGGUAUAGACGGAAAUAAGGAGCAGGACGACACAGAAGCAACCGUGCAGGUCAACGGUAUUCAUCCUACGGAGGCCCCUACUCCUGACGACAGCCAGGCAGACGCUCCUGUGGAGGAUAAGACUGCUGAACUUCAGACUCGCUUGGAAAGCAUGAUGGAGGAGAUGGCAGAGAUGAGAAAGCAAAUGGAAUCCUUCAAAGAUCGCGCCGAGAAGGCCGAAGAUGAGAACACGGAGUCUCGCAAGUCUUUGAACGAAAUGAUUGAAACCUUGCGCCAGGAACGCGCCGAGAAAGAAUUAGCAACGGCCCUUGACAAGAAAACUGAUACGCAUGACCGCGAGCCAAGCAAUGGCUUGUCGGAACACUCGCUUGCGAGUAAUGACACUUUAACGGAUUCCAAGACGAAGACUCCGGACCUCGAUCCCGCUACCUCUCAGAACAAGGACGUGGAUGCUGCAGCUGCAGCCACAGCUUUUGCAACACAACGCUAUCGACACAACUAUGUGGAAGAAGCAAGUCCUUACGCCUCCAUGUUUGGCGUGGUCUUAUUAGGAGUAGGCCUGAUGGCCUACCUCAACGGUUGGCAAAAGAUGGACAAAUAA